AGCAACAAAGAAAGAAAAGAAGAAAAAGAAGGUGAAGACAGAGGGGUGAGGUGUUGAGCAUUGAGGUGCACAAGGAGUAUGUGUAGGCCAAAGAUAAGCCUUCACCUUGGCACACAUCACAGUCUUUCAUCACCUUCUCCUGCCACCCUCCCUCUCUAUUUCAACUCUGGAAUAUUAGUAGCGGGGGAGGUUCAAAGCAUCAUCACAAAGAAGGGUAAAAAGAAGCAGGAAGAGGGAGAAAGCCAUCUCAUUUCCCUUGGUUUCUCUUGCUCUCUUUCCUUCUCCCUCAUUUCCUUUACAAUCCCCACCUACUUCAGCCGAUUCCUCCUCUUCUCACCUCUCUUGAACCAUCGGAGGCAUCCCUUUGCCUCGAUGACCGUGUGGCUGUUUAUAUGUUGUUAUUGACGGCAGAACGGUGGAGAUUGUAGGGAAGGCGCGAAGGAGGCUUCUUGCUGGUCGAUCUUUGAGAUUUCUGGAUCGUUUUUUGCUUCAAAGAUUCCUCUCAGAUAUGCAGCACAUGUAACCAAGGUGUAUGGUUUACAUGAAUCAAAUAAAUGCUUAUUUGCAUACAUAUGUUGUGGUUUUGAUCCAUUCUGGUUCAAUCGAGUCCUGUUUCCAACUCCAGUAUGUCGGAUUUGGAAAGCCCAAAUGCUGACUCUUGAAUGACUGGUGAGCUACACUUGAAUACAUCUUGCAAGGGUUGCAAGCAGAGGACAUACAAUCCCUGAUGCAGGGGCAAAGGAGUAGUUUUCAGCCCUUUUGUGAGGCUUUUGAAUAUGAUCGAGCAUCUGGUUCAAGUAGCUCAGUCAUGGAUCAGCAAAUGUUUUGGAACAACCUUCUUUUUAAUUCAGUAGAGAACCAUGAUUUACCCAGCAAUCCACUAUCACCUAGUGGUACUAACAUAUCCCGUGGAAAUGUAGUUUGUCAAGGGAGUGCCAGCCUGAAUAUCUGGGAUCCAGUUGGGACAAGCUCUAGCAUGCCCUCAUUAGACCAAGGCAGUAAUGAUGAAAUAAAACAGGAAUGUGGUUGGACCUUUUCUCUAAGUAAUCGAGACAGUGGGCCAAGGAUAUCAGACGGUAGAUCUGAAGGUAGCCAUACUCUUUCUUUUCAGAACACGGAUGCUGAACUUAACGGUAAUCAUGCCAACAAUGGAGAACCAUUUUCACAAUUUCUCAACUUUCGUGAGCUCCCUCAUAACUUGGACUACGGUUCAGCUCAUGUUGGAAUGAGUAGCCAGGUUCUUGAAUCAGGGCAACAUCAAGAACCGUAUAAUCCAGGUUUAAUGCAAUAUCAACCUGUUUCCUUCUCUGGAAGCUCUUCAGGUACAUUUGAGAGUUCUUCCAGAGCUAUUGAUUUCUUAUCCAACAAUGAUAGAAACAGACAACGAGUUGCACUGGAUGAUCAAAGCUUUUCACACAAGAGAAAGAACAUUGAACGAUUUCAUGGGGAGUCUUCAGCUAGCGGAAGCUCUAGUAACUUUAAUGAAGGUGUGAAACAUGCGGAAGAAGAAAUAAAUGCUGGAAUUGGCACAAGCACUAGGGUUGCGGCUUCUGAACACCAGUACUUUGGUAGUGCAGCAGUAAAUGAUGAAAGCUUCCAAAGGAAUAUUCGCACUAGAGUGAACCAUGCAGAUCUAACUAAUGCUACCAUACCUAACCCAUUGCACCAAGAGAAUUACAUUACUCAGUAUAAUCUUUGGCCUGCUCAACAGCCAUCUCUGACAAUCCCAUCAAAUCAGCCAUCAAAUUCUAGGUUAGUCGGUAGCCAUAUGGGGCCACGUAGGCAGCCUCUUGUACAAACAAUUCCUGGAUUGUCUCCAGAUCUGUACCCUUUCCCACAGAGUGGAACUUCCACUAGAGAAGCAAACAGUUCUUCAAGUUCUCCAGCAAUUUCAGUUGAUGGAGCAUCUAGGGAGCUAAACUCAAUGAGUGUUUCAAGUAAUCUAGUAGAACAAUUGUUUAUUCCCCCACCUAACACCAGGCAAUUGGUGCAAAACCAGACAAACCGGGGCUUGACCAUUGGCAACACAACGUUAUCAGGAAAUGGAGUGCCUACAUCACAAGUUGGCACCAACUCAGGUGUUUAUCAAUCACCAGGUGCAAACUGGGUCCCUCACCACCAACAUCGGCGCUUAUCAGAAACUAUACUUGGGUCUUUUUUAUCAUCAGUUUCUGAAUCUAGAGGUUGGAACAUGAGCCUUCCUCCACGUAAUGGCCAUUCUUCCACAUCACAGGAGGUUGGACGUCAUCAACCUGGAGCUGGUCCACGUAAUCAUCAGCAACUAUACAUGAGAUUCCCAAAUAUGUUGCACAGGCAAAAUGAUGGUGCUUUGAGCAAUCCCUUGUCCAUGCGGACUCUAGCAGCUGCAAGAGAACGCAGAAGCAGGACGUCAGAGAUUCGUAAUGUUUUUGAUCUCAUCCGUCGGGGGGAUACCUUGGUGCUUGAGGUUAGCUUUCAUUACUUAGCAUCGAGCUUAUGUUUCUACACCUUUUUCUCUUUCCCUUUUUAGUCGUAUGGUGAUAAAUUCUUUCAUGCAUGAUUGAGUUAUCUUACAUGGGUAUCGUUAAUUAGUGAGCAUGACUUUAUGCUCCUUAUAGCUUGGCUUUUGUCUGAUUGAGUGGCAUGUGUCUAGGCUGUUUAAAGUCAUAUUGAAGCCUAAAGAAUUUAUUUUGAUCUCCCAGGAUUACCAUUCAGUUAUUUUCCUAUCGCCAUAACAUGUAAUGUAGUUGUAUUGUACCAAAACCUCCAUGUCUGGCCUUUUAUUUUAAAUUCUAGAAGAAAAGACAUGUUCAUGUUGUAACUUCAUUUAAUUGCAUGUGUUUUCCUUUCUCAUUUAAUUGCAUGGUUGCUAUUUAUCAAACAGCUAGCCCAUGUCUAUCAUAGCUACAUAUCUUUUUUAGUAUUUGGUAAGGUUCACUUGUUGACAUGGGAAAAAUAUCUAAAUUGCAAGUGAUCUUAGGCGCGUAAAAUUUGCUCAUUUACUACAAAUGUGCACAUCAAAACUAGGCUAAACAGAUAUUUUCCAACCAUUAUCUUUCAGUUUAGGAGGGAUGGGGGGAUGGAGUGAGGGCUUCUCAAUGUCUGAUUUAUUUUUCGUUUGUAGAAGUUAGUUUCUUUUUUUUACUUCUCGCAAAGUAAUAAUAUUGCUAAUGUAAGUCACUUCUCAUUCUGGUUGAUCUGAAGGUUCAAUUUUAGCAAUGCCCUUUUGAAGUGUAGUUGCCUCUUUCUAUCAUGUUCUGGAAGUUUCUCUGAUCUCAAAUUUUUGUUGUACCUGACCAAGGGAUUUCUGUUUCAUUUGGGUCGUGAUUAAAAUUUAAUGUGGAGAUUUUGUUAUUGACCUUUAUCUUUGUAAAACCCUUUGUACGUGAGUACCGAAGUAAAGCAUCCUUUAAUAGAAAACUAGUUACUGGCGGACUUUAAAAGUGAAACUGGUUGUAGGGUGUCCUACAUUCUUAUACACGCAAUCCAAAACACUAUACUUUGCUGUAAUCCUGUAAAUUCCUAUAGAGAUGUAAAGAGU